UGGUUUUUGAACUUUGAUUUUAACAAAAUUUUCCUUUUUAGGUGUAUCACCAUUGUUUAUUUGGUGUAAGAUACGACUUUCUUUGUGCAAAUUACACGGCAUUCGACCAGACUCUUUUCAACUGCAAUUUCGUGUCUAAUGUCGAUUGCGAAGGGUCCAAGAAAUUUUGGCAUAGGAACGACGAGCUGUACAAAGAAAAAAGCACGACGACGCAACCCCCGCCAGUGUACAACUUUUACACGCCCCCGCCAGCACCUGAUGGCUAUGUGCUAGCAGCCCAACCGCAGGCGCCUGUGCCUCAAAGAGGCCCACCUCAAGCGAUACCUCAAGCACCCGUUCAGGUACCUGCUCAGUUCCCGCUUCCCAUGGAUAGGAGGCGCUCCAGGCCAAUUGCGCCCAGAAGGAGACCUCAGUACGACUACUACGAUGAGGAGGAUUAUGAGGAGAGGCCAAGGAUGAACAGAAGGAAAAGGCCGAGGAGGCCAAUAUAUUACGACGAUUACGAUGAGGACUACGAGGACGAAAGGUACGACAGAAGAGGCGGUAACCGAAGACGCAGACCGCACGAUCGAAGGCCGGUUAGAAGAAACAAGGAUAGGAGGAGCAAAUAUGAUUACGAUGAUGAAGAUGAGGACGAUGAAUUCAUUCUCGAAAAGAAGGCCAAAAAUAAGAGGAGGAAAUUCCUGUACGACUACGACGAAGAAGAACAAGAAGAAGACAGGAUCGCGAAAAGGAGGCCACAAGGUCGAAGAGAAGAAAAACCGUACCGCAACAAGCCGAAGAGACCGGUUGAUGUUGAAGAUUAUGACGACUACGAAGAUCGUACUGACAAAAGGAAAUUGAAGGAUGAAAAACGCAGAGACCUAGAGGCAGAAACGAGCAGAUUCAAAAAGCACCCUCGCCUGGGCGUUCGAAGACCUCCCAGUGAAGAGCACGAAGAUGACCUCCAACAAGCGGAGCCUAAAAGCGAAAGAUCUAGAAAAAGCAACAGAGAAAGCACGUAUAAACGUCCCCCGGAAUCCGAAUCUGGAAGGGCGAUCGUGAAACCAGUGAGCGGCACUCUUUACGACCGACCCAGACUCGCGCCGAAGAUCAACCUGCCUGUACCAAAGAACGUUGCUGAUAAGUACUCUUACAAAGGGAUGACUUCGCAGGGAAGCAAGAACAAAGAAAAUCUCCAAACUGAAGCGCCUAUUACGACAUCCACCACUACUACCGAGAAGCCAGUUGAUGCGGAUAGUGCUGAAAGCUCUACAAGAGGUUUCAAGAGAUCGAAACCAGACAGCUCCAGAGAGGUGCUCAAGAGUGUGAGGAAAAGGAUCAAGGAAGAACAAACCACUUCGACUACUUCUUCUGUGUCAUACUCAGAAAGGAUGUCACCGAUCAUAAGGAAGUUCAAGAGGCCAUUCCUGCCAAGUAGAGGAGGAAAUCCUUACACAGGACGAAGUUUGGAACCCAUUGGAGAAAAGGCUGCUAAUCCGGUUACCGAGGAAACUAUCGUGCAAGAUGACAGGAUCGUCGCCGCAGAAGGUGAUGAUUAUUAUGACGAAAUCCAGGUGAAAACGCCUUCGUCAGUUCGGGUAAAAAAUACUCAAGGUAUCCGUUAGUGUUUCCAGAUUUCAAACACCUUUGAACAUAGGCAUAUUAAUAAUAAUCAUAAUAAUAAUAAGCCUAGCUUAACACCAAUCACAGAGCAAAAACUAAAAAUAUACAAAAUUAAACAAAACAUGAAAAGUUCCUAUCCUUUUCUCAUCGAAGUUGGCUUGUUCAGAAAUAAAUGGAUCCAUGAGUGGUCUUCGGCAAGUCCUAACUUUUUGUGAUAGUGUACCCGCUCCCAAACGUUCUACGAUUUCUGUAAAUUAAGGGACCAGACUGGCAACGUAGCAUUCGACCUGGCAACCCUGGUCGCGCCGGGUUUCGACGGAGACAGGGGAACAUGUGAUCCGCCUUCAGUACAAGUUUGAACUCGCUCGAAUCAUUUGGUUGUCAGUAGCGAUUUUUUUAUUUGUGAAAGUUUUUCCUAUAAUGAAUGAUAUCAAUUUCGAGCAACGGUGUCUGAAAAAUUCGUUUUACCAUGAAUAUGCUAAUGCUAAAUCGACUGCCGCCUUGCGUUUCAGAUGACAGCAGCGAAAAGGCGGGACCGAUACGAAUAAAGGUGCCGAUACGCGUAAAAAUGACAUCCGACUCGCCUAUAGCCACCACGACUACCACAACUGAGUCCAACAAAGUGAACGAAGCUGACCUGCUGGACGAAAACUACGAUGUGACCAUCAACGAGGCCUUGAGUCCGAUCAUUCCCAAUCUGCCAAUCAGGUCGUAUCCCACCGGGUUUGGCGGCGAUUACAGGCAGAAAACCACGAAGUACGUCAUUCUGGACCCGUUGACAGCUGGCGGACCGUACUACGUCAAAUAGAUCGAGAGCGCGAUUGGAAGGGUUACCGUUGGCUUUGUCAUGGUUUUGUUUUUUGGAAACUAUGACUAAUUUCUUGUAGGAAAAUUUUUGUUUGGGUUUCAACAACUUUGGAUGUUCAAAAAAUUCUCGCCAAAUCAUAGAAGGUGCAAGAUAAUGUCAAUUCGCUGGAAAAUAACGACUUAAAACAUGUCGAACUACGUCUUUGUUUUCUUUUCACAAAGUAGAUGCUUUUGCUCUUCAAUACAAUUAUUCUACAAUAAACGGAAAAUGAAGAACAACAAGAGUUUUUCGCAAAAUGAUGUAUGGCCUAAAAUAACCUCAAAAAAAUGUUGCAUACUUUGAAACAUAUUUUUCAACCAGCAAUUUUUAUAUAGGGUGACUUCGAAGUUCAGUCAUUUAUUUUAACAGUGAGUAGAUCUGAUCAAAAGAAAUGUUUUUUUCCUUUACCAUUUUUCUGGUAAAAUUAAAGUAACAAAGUUAUAGCCCUUUAGAAGUUUGAGUACCGCCCUGUCUCAAUAAUAAUAUUAUGUGCUCGUGUUUGGCGACAACGGAUAUAAUCCGCCUUAUCGGUUCAUCGCAUCGGAAACAAAAAAGCGAAAGAAUUUGGAACGAUGUUUUUACAAUUAUUUUAUUCAGUUCAGUUAUACAUACAGUCAGUGUCAGUCGAAGGGUUUAUCUCUGGUCAGUCGGUAACGCGUGUGAAUAGUGUCUGUUGCGUGGCUCAAACGAAAUAAAAAAUGGCACAUGUUUAUGCGGAUCGGUUUCCCAAUCGAGUGCAACCAACCCCUCGUACCUUUGUUAAUGUAGUACAACGGACUCGUGAAUCAGGUGACUUAAGACCUCACAGGGGACCUCACGAUCAAAUACAGGUCCGCACUGAAAUACUUGUCGGGAGGAUACUUUAUAAAACAAGGUAAAAUUUUUUUUUAUUUUUUUUUUAUUUUUACACACAUAUUUUGGUUUAUCUUCCUUCUACAAUCAUUAUCUGAAAAUUAAUGACUCAACUUCAAAGUCACCCUGUAUAUGCACGUCAAAAUUCAGCUUUUUCUUUACAUAUUUUGUAAUUUUCGUUGAUUAUGGAACUUAGUACUAAAUAACGUAGAGACAACUUUCUGAAAAUAUAUUAUUUUAAAAAGAAAAGUCUGACGCCCUCUAACGGUCAAAUAAAGCACUUUUGCAUGGAGGUAAAUCGUGUCCGAGCAACUUAUUUUGUGUUUCUAUCAUUUUCAGCCACUGCCUUCGUUAGGAGCUUUUCGUAUCCCCUAUUUCACGAGUAUCCAUCACGCUUUGACGUCUACUGAGGUGAACAGCUGAUCAGCGAAUGACAUUUUUGCGUUGGUCCGCAAAGUUGGCAAUAAUCGAUCAGGUAUACAUCUAGUAAAACUUGUUUGUGGCGUUUCGUUUUUUGUAUGCAAAUGAACUUUUCUGAAUAAACGAGAUGUUAGCAAGUACAAAAUGAAUCUGAAGCGUACAAAAAACCACAACAAAAUUCGGUUCUGUCUACCUGGCGUUGACGGAUCCGUCAGAAUUAUGUGUCCUGUGCCGAUAUGGGGAAUUUUGAGAUAUUACUAGAUGAUCAGCUGUCAUUCUGCCGUUAUGGAUACUUGUGAAAUAGAGUAUAUAUGCUUAUAAAAAUGGUGAAUGCACAUAUCCAUGAAACGUUGAACCAGUAUUUAGGUAUAUCUUUCCCGUAUUAACCAUUAUACGCUUUUGACCUGUAUAAUCAUCGAUUUUUUUUUUUAAAGCCUUGUCGUCGAAUGGUAACCCUUAUUUGAACGUUUAUAUGAAUGUCUUCCAAUUAUCCUAUCUAAUUUUAGAGAUCGUUGCCUUUUUUACACUGUGGAAGGGGUGCUUCGUGUCGUCCUUGCUCAUUACAUAUUUAGUAUUGAUUUUCAAAAAUCUGCCUUAUUUAAUUUUUUCUAGUUUUUCAUCACAUGGUGGGCCAUUAAGCUGAACAGAUUUUAAAAAAUCGUAGAAAAAAACUACAAAGCGUAGGGAAGAUGGUAAUUUAAUUUUUUUAAAAUAAGAUUGAGAUGUGAAUUUUGCUCAAGGGGGUCGAUCAUCGGCAAGAGCUAACUUUUGUGAAGUGUACCUGCCCUCAAAACUUUUUGAAGACCAGAAGUAUCAAAUUUUUCCAGGGGAAACUCCUAAACAAUCAUCAAAACUAUACAUAAAAUCAUACUAAAUAUGCAUAUUUUAAGGUCCAACCGGAUUCCUAGGGGAGGGGGGCAUGAAUAUGUGAUGUAAACUGCUUUUAAGCGCAUUUUAUUGUGUGAAACAAAAGGCAAGGUUCCCAAAAAUUGUACAUGAAAGAAUGGUUUGAGUGAUUCGUAUUAAUUAAGCCAUAUAGUUGUGCAGAAAUAGUAGUAUAGGUGAUAUUUGUUUCGAUGUUAUAUCUUAAUUAUUUUUUUACGUCAAGUUGUAAAUAAAUUUUUAUCUUUAAUA